AUCUGUUAGCAUAGUUAGCUUGGCUGUUCUCUGUUGGGUGAAUUCCUGAGUCUCCACAGCAACAAUGAGUUCAGUUCAGUCUCUGAGUGAGUUUAUCAGACAGAGACUAACUGCUGCUGCUGAAGAAAUCUUCUCAGAGGUGGAAAAAACCAUCAUCCAGUACGAGGAGGAGAUCGACCGUCAGAGUCUGCUGGACAUCAGCUGGAGACCCCGGAUCAGCUCACAGAGAGCAGAAUUCCAGCAGAACCAUGUUGGGAUGGAGGAGAAGCGGCUCAAUGACCAACUGCUCAACAACCUGGAAAGAGACGGCAGACUGGAUCUGGAGAAACCAGAACCUGUAUGGGUGAAAGAAGAGCAGGAUGAGUUUAUUUCUUUGCAAUUAAAAAUGGAACAGGGAGAACCGGAAACUCUUCAGAGAAAAGAGGAAGAACUAAGAGCAGAACAGAAUGAUAUGUUCAUCAGUCAAGAAGGAGAGCAGUUUGUACUGAAGCAGGAAACCAAGAUCUUCAUGGUGAGUCGUUCAGAACCAGAGAACCGAGAUCAGCAGGGUAGCACUGAAGAAGAUGCAGGAUGGAGUGGGACACAAGGAACAAAUCCAGGCGAAGAGAACAGAGGUGGUCCAGAGGGUGAAGGUCCGAAAAGACCUGAUGCUGAGGAGGAUCUGUUCUGUAAGAUCUGUGGGAAAUUUUUUUCGCCAAAGUGCCGCCUGUUAAAGCACCUUCAGACUCAUACCGGGGAGAAGCCAUUUGUGUGUCCUACAUGUGGGAAAGGCUUCAGUGUGCGUCGGAGUCUGGUGAACCACAUGAGAACACACACGGGAGAGAAGCCAUUCGUUUGUAAAACCUGUGGAAAGAAAUUCAGCCUGAGGAGCAGUUUGAGAGUCCACAUGAGCGUGCACACAGGCGAGCGGCCUUUCUCAUGCGGCACCUGUGGAAAAUCCUUUUUUCGCCGGAGCGCUCUGAAAAAACACACCACCACCCAUGAGGGCGAGAAACCUUUCUCCUGCAAAAUCUGUGAAAGAGGUUUCAAACGGAAGGGCGAUCUAAAUGUUCACAUGAGAGCUCACACUGGGAAGCUUUUCGAGUGUGAGCUCUGUGGUAAGCGCUUGUCUCGGCAUUGCCUCCUGAUCUAUCACAUGAGGACCCACACAGGGGAGAGACCUUUCUCAUGUCUUACUUGCGGAAAGGGCUUCUGCACGAAUGGCGAAUUGACUGCUCACAUGAAGAAGCACACAGGGAAGGCAGUCUGCGCAGCAACAAUGUGUUCAGUUAAGCCUCUGAGAGAGUUUAUCAGACAGAGACUAACUGCUGCUGCUGAAGAAAUCUUCUCAGAGGUGGAAAAAACCAUCAUCCAGUACGAGGAGGAGAUCGACCGUCAGAGACUGCUGGACAUCAGCUGGAGACCCCGAAUCGAACAGAACCAAGCAGGCCUUGGACAUCACUUCUAUGGGGAGGACCUUCCUUCUGACCAUGAGAGGAGCUUCAGUCCAGACCAGGAAACACCAGAAACUACGCAGGGGACCAGAGAGCUGGAGGCAGUCGUCACCAAUGAGGAUAAGGAGCUUGUCCUGAAGCAGGAGACUGAUGCCAUUAAGGUGACUGUUGAUUAUGACGAAAGAGAACAGAGCAAACCAGAACCAAGCAGCCACUGGCUCCUCUCCCAGAGCCAUACUGAAAACAAAGAGGGAAGACGUAACAACGUUUUGAAUCCAAAGAAAACAGCAGAGGAGACUAGAAAUCGAAGUGACAGAUCAGACCUUCUGUAUCCGUGUCCCAUUUGUGGAAAAUGUUUUGCAAAGAGCAAUUACUUAACCAAACACAAGAGGAUUCACACCAGCGAGAAACGAUUUGUCUGUGAUCAGUGCGGGAAAGCUUUCAGCAACACCAGUUAUUUAGCUAAUCACAAGAAAACCCACAGCGGCAUGAAGCCUUUUGCCUGCCUCAUCUGUGGGAGAGUGUUCACUCAGCAAAUCCACAUGACUGACCACAUGAGGAUCCACACAGGGGAGAAACCCUUCCCCUGCUCCACAUGUGGGAAAUACUUCAGGCAAAAAAGCAGCUUAAAUAAACACAUGAAAACUCAGCAUAAGAAACUGCAGCCAUAAUCUCGAUUAGAAGCAGCUCAAUACAGCCUGUACCUGAAUCCCAAGCCGUGUUUCAGACUCAGAAACAAUUAGCUCUACCCAGUUCCAAGCUACAGGGAGGACUCUUAAAGUUUUCUGGAGUCGGAAGGAGCAUCAAGAACAGAUAAAGUGGAACAAAGAAAGGUUCCUGUUUUUUCCCUGACUCUAACUUUCACAACAGAAUUGGUUCUGCUCCAAAAACAUUUCCUGCUUCAGUGGGAGAACCAGCUACGCCAGCACAGAGAAAGCCUGCAGUGUUGGAUCCCAGAUAUCUCCAUUGCUGUUGACCCAUUCCAGGGAGUAAAAUAUGGCUGAAGCUGUUUUUAAAUGCAAGCCCAAUGUUGUGAUAAAGCAUUGUUGGUUCAGAAAACCCAGCUUUGAUUUGUUAUAAUUACUGAAAUAUAAAUUUCUAUAGUAUAAAUAUCUCUGAAGAACAUUGAAAAGACUAAUUAAUAAAGAAAUAUGUUUUUAGUAAAGGUGCCAGCAGCUGCGCUGCAAUGUUGUAUAUCUAUGUAUAUAUAAAAAAGACCUAAAUGAAUAUGUAUUCUUUACCAGUUCAGAAACAGAAUAAUCUGAUAUGAAGGAUGCAUUCAGGGAGCAGCAGAUCCUUUCAAUAAUGUAUCUAUGUGUUUUUAUUGAAUCUUUAUGUAAA